GCCACCAUGUCCUUGAGAGAUAUUGUAGUUGUUCCAGUUGAGGGAACAGCUGGCUCAGAGUGUUCGAACGACUCUGGUUGCACUGGCUAACAUCUGGUCAGUCUUGUUCCUGAUCCUCACAUUGUUACGCAGCCGCUUCAGCAAGUGCCAGAGAACAAUACCAAUGUAACAGAUGAAAGUGGUGCUCACAGAUGCAUUGACUAAAU